AUGGAGAAAUUUCAGAUUCUGAUGCAGGAGGAGCACUUGCGGUUUGUGCAAGCUGAAGCCACUCUCCAAGCUCUACAGAAGUUGCACUCCCAAUCCCAAGAGGCGCAGAAAGCUUUAGCACUGGAGUUCAAAAAUGGCCUUCAAAUGUUGAAGGACUCGGAGAUACGCAAACAAGGUAUGGAGGAUGAUAUCCAGCAGGUUAAGGAGGAAAAUAAGAGCUUAAGUGAAUUGAAUUUUUCUUGCACUAUCUCGAUAAAGAAUCUGCAAGAUGAAAUCGUUAACAUCAAAGAGAUGAAAGAGAAACUUGAACAGGAGGUUGCGCUAAAAUCAGACCAAAGCAAUGCCCUCCAGCAGCAUAUAUUCGACUUGGAGGAGGAAAUUAAGGGAUUGAACAAAAGAUACCAGGCUAUGGCGGAGCAGGUGGAAUCAGCAGGUUUAAAUCCUGAAUGCUUUGAGUCAUCUGUGAAAGACUUGCAAAAUGAAAAAGCAAAGCUGAAAGAUAUCUGCACAAGGGACAGAGAAGAGAGAGAACUUCUUUAUGAGAAAUUGAAGGAUAUGGGUAAACUUUCAAAGGAGAAUGCCGUUCUGGAGAGUUCGCUGUUGGGGUUGAAUGGUGAGUUGGAGGGUUUGAGAGAGAAGGUCAAAGAAUUGCAGGAGUCUUGCCAGUUUCUCCAGGGAGAAAAAUCCAUUCUUGUUGCUGAGAAAGCUAUCCUGCUUUCUCAGUUACAAAUUAUCACUCAGAAUAUGCAGAAGCUUUUUGAGAAGAACACCUUGCUGGAAAAUUCCCUCUCUGGUGCAAAUAUUGAGCUUGAACGGUUGAGAGCAAGAUCAAAGAGCUUGGAAGAGUUGUGCCAGUUACUCAAUAAUGAGAAGUGCAAUCUUCUUAAUGAGAGAGGCACCCUUGUAUUUCAGUUAAAAGAUGUUGAACAGAGACUGCGAAACCUGGAAAAGCGGUUUACAAAAUUAGAGAAAAAAUAUUUGAAGCUGGAGAAGGAGAAAGGCUCCACACUUAAUGUUGUAGAGGAACUAUGGGGUUCCCUUCAUGCAGAAAAACGAGAGCGUGCAAGUUAUAUACGGUCAAGUGAGGCUCGGUUAGCAGGUUUGGAAAACAAUUUCCAUGUCAUGCAGGAAGAAAGAAGGCUGGGAAAGAAAGAAUUUGAAGAAGAACUAGAUAAAGCUCUAAAUGCCCAGAUUGAGAUCUUUGUCCUUCAGAAGUUUAUAGAAGAUCUGGAAGAGAAGAAUUUUUCAUUAUUAAUUGAGAGUCAGAGACAUGUUGAGGCAUCCAAAUUUUCUGAUAAGCUGAUCGCAGAAUUGGAGAAUGAAAAUCUUGAGUUACAGGUGGAAGAAGAAUUCUUGGUGGGAGAAAUCGAAAAGUUAAGGCUGGGAAUUCGUCAAGUGUUCAGGGCUCUUCAAACUGAACCAGAUAGCCAUGAAAAUAAGAGUGGACAAGAGCAAGUACCUGUGCCGCACAUUUUGAAUACUAUUAAGGACUUGAAAACGUCUUUGCUUAGGAGCAAGGAUGAGGAACAACAGUUGCUGGUUGAGAAGUCAGUGCUCUUAACUUUACUUGAGCAGAUGAGAUUAGAGGGUGCAGAGAUAGAAUUAGCAAAACAACUCUUCAAGCAGGAGUAUGAGAUUAUGGUAGACCAUUGUUCUACGCUACAAAAAGAGAAGCAUGAGCUUCUAGAGAUGACGAGGCAGCUGAGGUUGGAAGUGACCAAGAAAGGGCACAAGGAGGAAACAUUAGAGGCUCAAUUGCAAACGCUUCAAGCUAAGGUGGAAAAUUUUCAGGAUGCUUAUGUGGUUUUGCACAAAGAGAACUCCAAGGUGCUUGAAGAGAGAAGAUCUUUGCAUAAGAAAGUUUUGGACCUGAAAGAGGAAAAGAAAAUGCUUGAAGAGGAGAAUAGUGUUAAUUUCCAUGAAGCACUAGCUUUCAGCAACCUCUCUUUGGUUUUAGAGAGCUUCACAAUUGAAAAAGCUGCGGAACUAAAAGCACUUGCUGAAGAUCUCAACACCCUCUUUGUAAUUAACAAUGACCUCAAAGAGGCUGUUGGAAUAUUGGAGGAGAAUUUAGUGAUGAAAGAAGUAGAAAAUCUACAUCUGAAUGACACUGUCCAAUUGUUGGACAAGGAACUGAGUGAAGCCAAUGACUUAAAUGGUCAACUAAGCCAUCAAAUUGCAGUUGGAAAGGAUUAUCUGAAACAGAAAACCAUGAAGCUCUCAGAGGCAGAAGAGAAGCUUGAAAAGACAGAGGAAUUGAAUCUGCAAUUAUGUAGAACAUUUCAGGAACUGAAGAUGGAAUAUGAAGAAUCAAAAAUUGUGAAAGAAAAUUGUGAGAAGCAGAUUCUUGAACUAUCUGAAGGUAGCACAAAUCAGAAAAAGGAAAUCGUUGGCCUUCGUGAAGCGAAUGAAAUUCUGGAGAAUGAAAUCUUGUGUAAAGCAAUUGAAAAAGAAAUAGAAAAUCUACAUAUGAAUGAGACAGUGCAAUUGUUGGACAAGGAUCUUUGUGAAGCCAAGGACUCAAAAGCUCAGCUAAGCCAUCAAAUAUUAGCUGGAAUGAAUUCUCUGAAACAGAAAACCAUGGAGCUCUCAGAAGUUGAAGAGAAGCUUAGAAAGACAGGGGACUUGAAUGUGGAAUUGUGCAGAACCAUUCAGGAACUGAGGAUGGAAAAUGAAGAUUCAAAACUAAUGAGAGAAAAUUGUGAGAAGCAGAUUCUAGAACUAUCGAAAGAUAACUCAAAUCAGAAGAAUGAAAUUGAUAGCCUUCACAAAGCAAAUGGAACUCUGGAGAUUGAAGUGGGCAUCUUAAGUGAAGUAAUUGAAGAACAUAGAAUUAGAGAAGAGAAUUUGAAUUCAGAGCUGCAAGAAAGAAGCAAUGACUUUGAACUCUGGGAGGCUGAGGCUGCAACAUUCUAUUUUGAUUUUCAAGUUUCUGCUGUCCGUGAAGUUUUUCUUGAAAAUAAAGUUAAUGAGCUUUCUGAAGUUUGUGAGAGUCUUAAAGAUGAAAGUGCUACAAAAGGUGUGGAGCUUGAACAAAUGAAAGAAAGAGUUAGCUCCUUGGAAGGUGAAGUUGGAGGACUGAUGGCCCAAAUGUCUGCAUAUAUUCCUGUUGUAGCCUCAUUGAGAGAGAAUGUAGCAUCUCUUCAGCACAAUGCCGUUCUUAGAACAAAGCUUCUUGUGGAAAGCAAUCAACAAUAUAAGGAUAUUGAACCACAAAAUUAUCUACAUCAAAAGAUCUGUCAGGAUUCCAGAGAAGAUCAAAGCACAUUGGUACCAGACGGAAUUUCAGAAUUGGAAAAAAUGCAGACUAUGAUCAAAGAAGUUGAAAAGAUGUUUGUAGAAGAAACAGAAAGGCUUGCAAUUGAAGCAGUUGAAAAGGCAAUGGUGGAAGAAAUGGAAAGGCUUGCAACUCAGGAAAGUACAAAAAACACCAACAUCAAAGUGGAGGUUUCCGUGGAGAUCGAAGAGCUAAAAUCAAAAGAGGAUGAAAUCUGA